AUGGUGCAAACUUGUGUAGUGCGUGGUUUCGGCAGUAGUUGGUGUCCAGGAGGUGAUAUAAGAUUUCAUGCAUUUCCUAAAAACAGUACUCGGAGAAAUUUGUGGUUAUGCAUUGUAUCAUUGAAAAUGAAGUAUUAUGAAAGUGCAAGGAUUUGCAAUUUGCAUUUUCAAGAAUCAGAUUAUGAUUCAACAACAAGGCGCUUAAAACCAACAGCCAUUCCUACUGUUAUAAUAAAUCAAGAAACAGUAUCAUCAGGCAAGACAACAAGUGCAUUACAUGAAGAGUCUAUUGUGCAAAUAGCUGCUCUGGCUCUACCAAGCUCCUACUAG